CCCGGCCGCAUCCUGGGCGCGCUGCGCUGGUGAGCGCCCGCACCCCGCGAGCUGCGGAGCCUGCACCCCCGGAGCUGCCUGGUUCUUCACCAAAGGUCAUGGAAGAAAGUGAAAGCAACCAAUCACUGGUGCCAAGCAGCCAAUAUCCUAAGGAAGCCGUAAGAAAACGCCAAAAUGCAGCUCGGAAUUCUGGAGGAAGUGAUUCUUCUAGGUUUUCCAAGAAGAGCUUCAAGCUGGAUUACAGACUAGAGGAAGACGUAACUAAGUCAGUGAGAGGAAGAGAUGGGAGAUUUGUUAAUCCUUGGCCAACGUGGAGAAACCUCUCCGUUCCGAAUAUUCUCAGGUGGCUAAUAAUGGAGAAAGAUCACAGCAGUGUUCCAUGCUCUAAAGAGGAACUUGACAAAGAGCUCCCAGUGCUCAAGCCAUAUUUUGUGGAUGAGCCCGAAGCUGCCGGAGUGAGGGAAGCUGGUUUGAGGGUCACGUGGCUGGGCCAUGCCACGCUGCUGGUGGAAAUGGACAACCUCAUCUUUCUCACGGACCCCAUCUUCAGCUCCCGCGCGUCCCCGUCGCAGUACGUGGGUCCCAAGCGGUUCCGGCGGCCCCCAUGCACCAUCGCCGAACUCCCCCCGAUCGACGCGGUCCUCAUCAGCCACAACCACUACGACCACCUGGACUACGGUUCCGUGGCGGCCCUCAACGAGCGGUUCGGCAACGAGCUGAGGUGGUUUGUGCCGCUGGGGCUCCUGGACUGGAUGCAGAAAUGCGGCUGUGAGAACGUGAUCGAGCUGGACUGGUGGGAGGAGAACUGUGUCCCCGGCCACGACGACGUCACCUUUGUCUUCACGCCUUCCCAGCACUGGUGCAAGAGGACCCUGCUGGACGAAAACAAGGUUCUGUGGGGCAGCUGGUCUGUCCUGGGGCCCUGGAGCCGCUUUUUCUUUGCCGGAGACACUGGUUACUGCCGCGCCUUCGAGGAGAUCGGAAAAAGGUUCGGGCCUUUUGACCUUGCAGCCAUUCCCAUCGGGGCUUACGAGCCAAGGUGGUUUAUGAGAUACCAGCACGUGGACCCUGAAGAGGCGGUGAGGAUUCACAUGGACGUUCAGACCAAGAAAUCUGUGGCCAUUCACUGGGGAACCUUUGCCUUAGCCAAUGAGCAUUACUUAGACCCGCCAGUGAAACUGAGUGAAGCUCUGGAAAGAUACGGACUUAAGUGUGAAGAUUUUUUUGUCUUGAAGCAUGGAGAAUCAAGAUACUUAAAUACUGAUGAAGAAAACGUUGAAUAAAUAUAAGCAGAGAACUUUGAAAGGGAAAGGCAUCAUCUGUAUAAGUUUGCAAAACAAUGGAAAAAACUAAGAAGUUUAUGAAUAUUAUGCUUUUUUAAAUCUUUGGCAACACCUUCUGCAAGUUUGUGUUUUAUGUCUUGUGUAACAACUCGCUUACGCAUGUGAUGACGAGUUCAUAUAAACUACAGCAGGCCAGGGGCAGGGCACUUAAAUAAUGAAUUGGCUAUGGAUGGUAUAAAGUGAUGUCAGCAUUGCAGAAAUUUGUCAUGAAAAACUGAUAAAACAUUCAUUUUUCUGUCUUUUGAGGUCUUUGAUAAAGUGAAUCAAGUUGCCUGCCUCCCUAGGGUUUUCAGGGGCCUACCCCUACAAAUAUCUUCCUUAUAUUUAUAUUAUAGUAAAUGAUAAAACUGAUUCCCACUUGCUUGUAAAUGUAGCUGUCCUUGCUCUAUCAAGAUUUGCUUAUAUGCUAAAUAUUAAAUGGCUUAUUUUGUUAAGCAUAAAAACAGGAGCUUGGGCUCAGUUGCCAUUUUUAAAGAUGAUAUUUUUAUCGUGGUGAAACAUAUAUGUUUAUAUGUGUGUAUAGCAAAUUUUGUCACUGUCCCCAUUAUUCAGUAUACAGUUCUUUGGCAUGAAGCAAAUUCACAUUCUUGUGAAGCCAUGACCACCAUGAACUUAACGUUUUUAAAGAGGGGGGAGCAGUAUAUUCUAUUGCAUGCCUACAAUCACUAAAUCAAAAGCCCUCUGAUUUGGGCAGAGAAAGGGAAAGAGUGGUUAUAAGUACAUAAUUUAGGAAAUUUUCUAUUUUUAACCUAAAAGUCAGGGCUUCUGCUAAGCACAAAUACAGCUACACUGCAAUAUUUUAUAGAGAUAGAUGCAGAUCUUAAAUGUUAAUAGACCAUCACCUUUGAAUUAAAUUUUAUUUUCUCUACAUACACUUGUUUUGCUGAUCCGUUAGUGCUAACUCUAACACUUAACUCUAAAUAUAUCAAUAAGAUUUAUAAAUAUUUUGUUUUCCAUGAUUCAAAUGUCUUAUAUAUUUUUGUAUUACAUGAAUUCUAAGUACCUUUGUAGCUUUUAUUAAGCCAGUGUGGAAUACCACCAGUGGCAUAAAAGGAUGGUGAUUCUGGGAGUCAGCUGACCCAAGUUUCAGUCCUAACUCCUGAGAUUUCUCAGAACCUUCUCUAGGGAGGGGACCGGAUCAGAGACUCUUGGAGGCCCAUUCUAUGCUUCUGAUCCAUAGGCUCAGUGAAAUAAACUUUAUUCACACAAAGUAAUCUAAUUAAGUUUUCUACAUUACACGCUACCCAGACAGUGCUCUGUAAUUUGAUUUCCUUGCACGUACAUGCGCAUGCCACUUGUUAGCCAGUAAGUACGAAUGUUAGUCCGACUUCCAUUUCAUUGUCCAUGUUCUGCAUUACCUGAAACAAGUCACUGUGCUCACUGUGCCUCGGUCUCCUCCUGUGCAACAUGAGGAUGACCCUGACCUACCUCCAAAAAAUGUGUAGAAUAAACAAUAAAGUGAUUUUUAAAAAGCACUUUAGAAAUAUAAGGGAGAAAAUAACUUCUUAAUAUAUCACUGCCUAAUUUACUGAUAAAUAUAUUUGAAAGCUAAAAGUAGACUAAUGCUUUGAUUGUCUAUUGUUCCUGUUGCAGAUAUUACCACAGAUCUUAGGACAUUAACAUUGAAGAGUAACAGCUUUACCCCACUCAUUUUGUAAACCCGGAGAGUAAUAGCCAAAAUAAAUAUAAAUGGUCUUUAUCAAAACUAAUUAUUUUUGUCUACAAAGGUUUGAAACAUUCGAGGGGAAAUGUGUUUGCAAUGUGUGUAUAUAUAAUGCACGUGGAUGUAUGUGAUUUGUGGGCACUAAAGCACAAAAGAUUUCCCCAUAAAAUAAAC